GACAUAGCCAAUAUUUCUAAACUCGCAAGGAUAGAAUACGUUAAAGCAUUCAGCUUUUUUUACUUUUGGGGUGCAUUAUUUGACCCGCAAUCAUGCAAUUUUUGAAUAUAACGGAGAGGGGAAGAAACUGAGAUUUGGGUGAAAAUGAGUGUUUCUUUGACUGUAAUGACCUUCAAUCUCCAUGGAGAUCAACCAGAAGGAAGCCCCAAUUCAUGGGAGAAGAGAAGGGAUUUGUGCAUCAGUGUCAUCACUGGUUACUCCCCUUUGAUUCUUUGUACUCAGCAAGGUGUAAAAGCACAACUGGAUUAUCUUCAGCAGGGCUUGCAAGGUUAUGAUCAAUUUGGAAUAUCAAGAAAAGGAGCGCAAGACACUUCCGAUGAACAUUGUACAAUCUUCUAUGACAAGCAGAAGGUAGAGCUUCUAGAAGGUGGAACUUUUUGGUUGUCUGAGUCACCUUCAGUCCCUGGAAGCAUGUCAUGGGGUUCUGCAGUUCCUUGUAUUGCUACAUGGGCGAUAUCCUUCUCUUUGAACUUUACAAUUUUCAUUUUCUUUCUUAUUCCACCUGGUUUUUCAUUUCAGGUAGUGAAUACUAACAUGGAUGAGCUCAGUCCCCGUGCCCGUAGAAGAAGUGCUUUACUUACAUGGCAACACAUUGCAUCCUUGCCUCCUAGUUUGCCAGUUGUGUACUGUGGAGGAUUCAACACACAGAAAGAAUCAACUACAGGGCGUUUUCUUCUUGGAAGAUCAAGAGAGCAUGGUGUGGUGGGAGACAUGAGAGAUGCAUGGCCUACUGCCCGAGUGAGAAAGAAUGUUUCCCUCAUACGGACUUUUCACGGAUUCAAAGGUGACAAGCAGGGAGCUCUUGAAUUCCUCAAGUUGAUUUUUAGAGCCCUCUGCCUUUGCUGGGAUCGCCAAACUCAAGAUCUACACAUAGACUGGAUCCUUUUCAGAGGCAGAUCUUUGGUACCUGUUCUCUGUGAAGUGGUGAGUGGUAAUAUUGAUGGUUAUUACCCUUCUUCUCAUUAUCCCAUAUUUGCGGAAUUCCUACUUCCACGUACUGUGAGACCCCUUGAACCACCUACUCGUACACAAGAGGAGGACUAACAUGCUACCGUCUUCUCAAAGCUACCCCCUUCUUUUCCUCUUUGAACUUGAAGCAUAUCAAACAUUUCUGUCGAAACACAUUUCCUGAGGAUGAGAGAAUAAUCGAAGGCAAAGUUGAUGUCAACUCUGGAACUCUAGCUAGUAUGGUUUCGACCACGUUUCGUGGUAUGAUCCAGCCAUUGAAUCAAAUCCAAAGAAAACUACAUGUCUAGAAUUUCAAUCUUUUUCCACAUUAGUUGGUAUCAAGUUCAAAUGUCAGCAUUUCUUCCCUUUCAAAAUUUUGUUGAUAGUUGGAUGUGAAUUCCGUUAAUGUAAUCUGCCAAUUUCAAGUCAUGUUUUUGAACAG